AUGGCACCCUCCGCGGACCCCAUCAAUCCCCAGCAUGGCCCGUCCUUCGAGCCCUUCAACCGCGGAGGCCCGACGACCAUGAAUGGCAUCAACGGCGUCAACGGCGGCUCACACGACCACGCCCACGGCCCCGCGACGCCGGCUAAUGGCUCGAAAAGGGUCGACAGCCCCGGCCGGGGGCGCUCGCAGUCGGCGGCCGAGUCUGGGCCUGUGCGCGCAGACAAAGACCACAGGACCGACGACCGCUCUGAACACGUACACUCGACACGCAAGAGAGGCGCCAGCGGUCCCGUCAAGAAGACGCUGAGCCAUGAUAAUGUCCAGAGGCUCUCCGCUGCCGAGAUGCAGGAGCUGACGAGUUCCCCGGACUCGCUGCCCAUUGCGCCCGCGCCGCAACCGCUCUCCAUCGAGCAACAAGACCUCGGCUCGCCGUCCCUCGAGAUGCGCCUGGACUUUCGCCAACACGCUCGCCAGCUAUAUCCCGAUGGCGAUGCUACGGCGAACGGAGUACCUGCCGAGUCGAGGGCUGGCAGGGGCUAUUGGAAGUUUGACGACAGCGCCCGUCGGCCGCUGCAUGCGCCAAGGACAGUGUCCACUCCGCCGACGACGAGGAUCCAGCCUGCAGAUGGGACACCGUAUUCAUCGUCGCCCAGGCGAUUCUCAUUCAACCCCUCUCCGCGGCCGCCUCCUUUGAGCUUGAACGGCGAUGGCGCAAAUGGCUUCCUCGCCGCGCACAUGCCGCCUCCCGCGAUACAGUCCGCAUCUCCAAUCCUCGCCAGCCAACAGCCUGACCCGGCACCCAGUCCUGCCCGGGGUUCGCGUCCGCCGUCACCAAUCCCCGCAAUGAUACCCCUUCCUCCCAUGUCUCUCCCGACUCACCUGCAGCUUGAACUCGCGGCGCAGCGGCCGAGCCCGCUCUAUAUCCACCACUCCCAUUCGAACGAUAUUCCCUACGAGUCCAGCUCCGAAAAGUUUGAACGCCUGAAGAACGUGCUGCUCCUGCCUCCGUACCUCGAGCGGGUGCUCAAUUUUGGAGCGCUCGCCUGCCUGGACGCCUGGCUCUACACCUUUACGAUCCUGCCCGCCAGAUUCAUCAUGGCGUUGGCGAUAUUGAUCCGCUGGUGGGGCUACGUUGUCGGCAAGGAGACCAUGUGGCUCGUGGGAUACGUCUGGUACGGUCUGGGCCGUCUGUGGCGACGAGGACGCCAUGACCAGUCUCGCAGGCCGAGCAACGCCUCGGAAGGGGAUCGUUCGCGGAGCAGAAGCCGGGUCAGGGAGCUGCACGUGGGCACCGACACGAAGACUCCUAAUCCCCGCGAGCGAAGUCUGCAAACGCGAAGGGAGCUGCACGCAGAUGGCGCAAGUGAGACGCUCAAGUCUCCUGUCCCUACGCGCGACCCCGGUCCCAAAACCGGCGCCUUUCGCCACCGAAGGACAAAGUCGACGCCGUCGAGCUUGUCCGCUUUUCACAAAGCCGACCUGCUGCAGGGUGCAGUCAUCAUAUGCAGUUCCCUGGCGCUCAUGACGCUCGAUGCCAGCCGCAUGUACCACUUUAUCCGCGCGCAAUCGGCCAUCAAGCUGUACGUGAUUUACAACAUCCUCGAGGUCGGAGACCGGCUCCUGUCGGCUCUGGGACAGGACAUUCUCGAGUGCCUAUUCAGCUCGGAGACACUCUCGCGGAACGCGUCGGGCCGGUCCAAGGUUCUGUUGCCCCUAGGCAUGUUCAUGCUUGCCUUGGCAUACAACUGCCUGCACUCGAUUGCGCUCUACUACCAGGUCAUCACACUCAACGUGGCCGUCAACUCCUACUCCAAUGCUCUCCUUACCCUGCUGUUGUCCAACCAAUUUGUCGAGAUCAAGAGCACCGUCUUCAAGCGGUUUGAAAAGGACAAUCUGUUCCAGCUCACGUGCGCCGACAUUGUGGAGCGCUUCCACCUGUGGAUCAUGCUCUUGAUCAUUGGCAUGCGGAACGUCGUCGAGGUCGGUGGGCUCUCUGUGCCUGGGGCCGGACUCGAUUCGACCUAUGACGACGCCGGACCAGUGCCGCUGCACCCGCCGUCCAUCCUCCCGCACAGCUUUACGGUCCUGCCGUCUUGGCUCAUGUCGGGCGAGGUGCUGUCGCCGUUCUUGAUCGUGGUGGGGAGCGAGAUGCUCGUAGAUAGCAUCAAGCACGCCUACGUGACCAAGUUCAACAACAUCAAGCCAACAUUUUACAGCAGGACGCUCGACAUCCUGUGCAAAGACUACUACACCAACGCCUUUGUGACUCCAUCAUUGACACGGCGUCUGGGGCUGGCGGUGAUUCCGCUGUCGUGCUUGUUCAUUCGAGCCUCCAUCCAGACAUACCACAUGUUUCUGUCGACGCACAUUCCAAUGCCGUUGCCGCAGUCUACGCAGACAUCCCUCACCGAGGAGUCGGCGACACCCUCGUCGCCCGCCAUGAUGGCCGCCCUCAACCGCUUCGACUCCCUCAUCAGGGACUCGCUGGGGCGCGCCACGUACGGCUACCCGUACGGCUCGCCGCUCAACUCGCGGUCCUGGUACUCCUGGACGUCGGACGACUUCAUUGCAGCGCUCACCAUGGUGGUAGUCUUCUUCAUCGCGUUCCUCGUGCUGCUCAUCCUCAAGCUGCUGCUGGGCAUGCUGCUGCUCAAGUACGCGCGCAACCGCUACGUCAAGAUGAAGCACAAGGAGCAGCUCGUCGCGCGCGGCGCUGCGGCGCCCGAGUCGUACGACGCGUUAGGCCGGCGCGUCGGCGGCCGCGGCGAGGUAGAGGUCUCGGACGACAAGCAGCGCUGGAUCCACGCCGAUAAGACGGAGGGCCUGCGCGGCGGAAAGGGUCCUGGCGGAAAGAGGCCAGCGGGUGGCGGCGCGGACGACAAGGGCAAGAAGCAAGAGGGGGAGUAUCAGGGCGUCUUUCGGUAUGAAAUGGUUGCGAAGCGCAUUUGGUAG